AUGGCUGACCAAACCCCACCGACCCUUCCACGCCUUUCACAAACAACCCUUAAAGACUUCAUCAAAGUCAAUUUUAUUCAAACACACCAAGCAAAACAACAACAUCUAUCUCUUCCUCUUACAAUGGGAAAUGCAGUUGUGACUCCAUGCUUACAUCCAAAGAUUUCAUCAUCGUCAUCGUUGUUGUUGUCUUCAUCGAAACUUUUGUUCUGGGAUGGUACUGUGAGAUGUCUCAAGGGAAAGCACAUUGCUGGUGAGAUAAUGUUUGAGUUCCCAGACAAGGUUAUUUGCCAUGCAGAUUCCUUCUUCAUAGGACACCCAAUUCCUUCUUUGGCUUUAGAGGAUGAGCUGAUGGUAGGUGAAGCCUAUUUUGUUCUCCCCAGUGAUUUCCUUACCUGCAAAACCCUUUCUGUGUCUUCACUCUUGUCCUUGGGAUCAUCCCCUAACAAGGCCACUAUCAGAUUUGGAGAAUGCGCUUUUGAGUACUUGAAAGGGUCCAAUGGAAGGGUGUUGAUCAAGGUCAUGCCUGAGUUCAUCACAAUGCUCAUCAAUAGAGGUAAAAGAUGCUCCCUCACCACCAAUCACACCAACUUUCUGUGCAGCACUCCUGAGUUGAAAAAACACUAUCAGAUGCUUGUGAAGCCCAAAGACCAGACCUGGUCACCUAAGCUUGAACCCAUUUCAGAAUACAAGGUUAGGUUCUCACCAUGUAGAUUUAUAGGUUUAGAAUGGAAGGAAAAGGAGAAGGCAGAUGUUGUAUCUAGUAGAUAG